ACUUUGUUACCAAUCUCUUUUAGCUUGUAUUUUACUUCUAUCAAGUAUGCCAAUGUCGACGGAAUCCCGCUCUUCCCUCCAGUCACCCCUGAUUCGGGGAUGGUCCAUGAAAGUGAGCUUGAGAAGUCACCAGCAGCAGUUGGCGAUAGCCUGCCUGAAGAAAGCCAGAAUGCAGUGGCCAGCCACACAGAUGACUCUCCUGAUCCAAGUGCUCUCCAAAUCAGUCUAAUCUUCAUAGCUCUUGCGCUAUCCAUCUUUCUCAUAGGACUGGACGGUACUAUUGUGGGAACAGCCAUUCCAAGCAUCACCCAAGAAUUCAAGCAGCUCAAUGAUGUGGGUUGGUAUGGCUCUGCUUAUCUUGUCACGACAUGUGGGAUGCAACUCUUCUAUGGGAGGCUGUAUACUAUUUUCCCCGUCAAGAUCUGUUUUCUUAGUUCAAUUUUCAUCUUCGAGAUUGGGUCUUUGGUUUGCGCCGUUGCACCAAACUCGGCUGCAUUUAUUAUCGGGCGUGCGAUUGCCGGCCUGGGCUCCGGUGGCGUUAUAUCAGGCGUGUUUAUGUGA